UCCCGCCACUCUCUCUUGGGUUCUCACUCUCUGUCUACAGUGACACCACGAAGCUCGUUCGCGAAGCUGAAGAUGAUCAUCAAGGUCGUUUGACAAGGGAUUCUUUCGUACUCUGAUCAGAAUGAAGCCCACUCGCAGAUUCAACAAACCUAAUACCGAAGAAUCAAAGCUGGUUUUGGAGGAAGUGAUUGGAUUAACAACGAAAAAUGGCAAUGGGUUGGCUUCGAAUCCGUCGAGUUCCAAAUGUGCUUAUUUGGCAGGUUCUGUGGUGGUGAUUUAUGAUGUGAGUUUGGGUAUUCAAUCGCACCUCAUGGUGUCUAAUAGACCACCUAAGCCUUUGAGCUGUGUAGCUAUGUCACGAGAGGGACGCUUUAUUGCAGCUGGAGAGGCUGGAAGCCAGUCCUCAGUAUUAGUAUGGGAUUCUUCUACUUUGUCUAAUGUCUCUGAAUUGAAAGGUCAUCCAUAUAGAGUUGCAUGCAUUUGUUUCUCACCUAAUGGUAAACAUUUGGUAUCUGUUGGGGGAUAUAUUUACCUUUGGGACUGGCGAAGUGGAAAGCUGGUAACUAAGCUUCAAGCAACUUCAUCGUGUUCUACUAUCUCCAGUGUUGGCUUCUCAUCAGAUGCAAAAUUUAUUGUAACUGUUGGCAAAAAACACUUGAAAUUCUGGACACUUGGAUCAUCUAGAAGUACUCGACAAAAUGGUGGGCUGAGCAGAACCACAUUAGAAAUACAUGAAAAGCUUACCAAUCUUUCAAUUCAUAAAGAAGGCUCUUUUACAGCUAUAGCCUUUUCUCCAGAGAGCAGUAUCAGCAAUGAUAAUUGUAAACGAGCUGGUGAUUGCUUUCACAUAUAUGCAUUGACUGAUUCAGGCAUUUUGUGCCUAAUCCGUUCUGGAUUGACGAUACAAAAGUCUGUGGCCUUGAAGGUUCAGAAAGCUUUUGCACUAUCAACAUCAGGAAAGCUAAUUGCUUGUGCAUGCAAUAAUGGGGAAGUCCAAUUAUUUACCCCAAUAUCUCUAGAAUAUGUGGGCAGUAUAUUGUAUUCAAAGGCCCAAAAGUUGUAUGAAGAAAACAACAGUGUUUACCAUGCUCUAGUUCUUGAACAAGAUUUUCAACAGUCGCCUGCUCUGCCUGAUGCAGUCGCAUGCAAGUUUUCAGCCACAGAAAAGCUUGUGGUUAUUUACAGGGAUCAUAGUCUUUGCAUCUGGGACAUCCAUGAUGUGAAUCAGGUCACCAAGUGUUUUAUGCUAGUUUCACAUUCUUCAUGCAUUUGGGAUGUCAAGAAUCUAUGCUGUGAAAACAUGCAUGAUCUGUCUUCUGUAUGCACUGCUAGAGGUUGUUCAGGGGGGGUUUCUUUUGCAACUUGCUCUGCUGAUGGUACAAUUAGACUGUGGGAUAUUGCUACGCAAUCUGAAUUAUCAAAAAAUGCUGAAGAGCUGAAGAGUGAACUAUUGGGUUCUUCAUGUUUAGUAAGUGCUGGGACUUUUGAACGUGACACCGUUCAGUCAGAUCUUACUAGUCAAGAGUUUCGAUCUCUAGCUGUUAGUUCGGAUGGAAAAUAUCUUGCUGCUGGUGAUUGUAAAGGAAACCUUCAUAUAUACAACCUUCAAACAUCAGAGUACACAUGUUUUCAGGGUGCUCAUGAUGGAGAGAUUCUUACAUUAAGCUUUACCUCGUCCACCCAAGACAUAUUUGGGGAACUUGAAACAAGCAGUCACUUUCUUGCUUCUGGUGGACGAGAUUGUAUAAUCCGCCUCUAUGAUGUAAAAAGAAAUUUUGAUCUCAUUGGCAGCAUUGAUGAUCAUUCGGCUGCAGUCACUUCUGUCAAAAUUAGCAGCAACAGUUGCAAGAUACUCAGUUGCAGUGUUGAUAGUUUUAUGGUGCUUCAUGAUGUAGUGAUAGCAGAUAAUGGUCAUAAAAUUUUGACGCAACAUCGUCAAAGGGCUUCACAAUGUGGAGCUGUUUAUGACAUGGCUGUGGAUCUGACAUGCAAGACUAUUGUAACAGUUGGGCAGGAUAAGAAGAUAAAGACUUUUGACAUGGCUGCCCGGAAACUAAUUAGGUCAUACAAUCAUGAUAAAAUUUUUGGGGAACCUAUAAAGGUUACAAUGGACCCAAGCUGCACCUAUGUGGUCUGCUCAUUCUCAAACAAGUCCAUCUGCAUAUAUGACUUUCUAACCGGUGAGAUGGUUUCCAAAGCAAUGGGGCACGCUGAAAUUGUUACUGGUGUCAUCUUCUUGCCUGAUUGCAAGCAUAUAGUUUCAGUAGAUGGUGAUGGCUGUAUUUUUGUAUGGAAAUUGCCUUCUUCAUUGUCUUCUAAGAUAUUGGAGAGAAUAUUGGAAAAAAAUAAUCCAUUGUCUUCAAGAGGCUCAGCUCAAUCUCCUACUUGUAGUCCUCUAUCAUUUAGCAAAGAGGAAUGCCAGCACUCCAAGAUCAAUACUGAGGGUGUCUGGUCAAUAAGGAACGGCAGUCAAAGUGGAGAUGGAGUGCUUCAUCCAAAAAGUUGUGAUAGAGAGGCAUCACCUUUUAAAUUUACUGUUUCAAGACUUCCUAAAUGGGCACAAGCAAAAGUGACCAGCUGCAAUAAUGUAUGCAAGAAUCUUAAUUGCACUUCAUCAGAGGCAUUUUCUCUUCCAUCCCCAGAAGUUCAAAUACCAUCUGAUCAUGCUUCUGCAUCGCCAGAGACUUUGAGCUCGCAAUGUUCUUCAAGGCCUGGAGGUACUUUCAGCAACAUUGCUUUGGACAACCAUUGGUUCUCUGUUUACACUGUUUGUAUGGAUGCACUUUCCUCCCCAGAGAUGCAGAAUGUACUUGACAUAAAGUUUCCACAGAUUCCCGCAAGACAAGAUAGUAUAGUGAUCAGUAAGGACCAGAACUCUAAUGGGCUCAGUAGCCUUUGCAAGAAUGAACAAAUGGAUGUUGUUCCAGACCAGCGUGUUUGUUGCGAUGAUAGUGAUUUUUCUUGGUGUCCUGAACAAGAUUCUGACAGAAAAGCAGAGCAGUUGCAUUUGGGUGAAUCUGGAAGUUUGUCAAAAACAACUCUUGAAGCUAACUCGGAUAGUCCAUGCUAUGAAGAAGACAGUGGUAUCUUUAAGCGGCAUUUUGGCAGCUUAUCAAAUACUCACAAGAAAGAGUCAAGGAAUUCGUUAGUUAGAAGGUUUUCUGCAAGGUAUACUGUGCAAUGGGAUUAUUACCCAGGUGGCUGCAAGAAACUAUUUAGCAGUCCUGUCAGGAAUACGACAGAUAGCAAGAGCUUUGCGGAUGAAGCUGCAACUCAUAUUGUAUCAGAAAACAGAUCCUUGCUGGGGAAGGAAAGUGAGGAAGUGGGGAAUUCUCCUGAACAGGAGCUAAAGAAUUCAACACAAGGUUUGACAGAUUCAACAACUGAAUCUUUGAUCAUAUGCCCUGUGAAAGAAAAUUCAGUUGACAAUCAACUCCAGGUAGGUACAGAUCAAAAGGAAGGUGACUGUGAAGGGAGUGAACAAGAAGAAACUAUAGCUGCAUGCAAGAAAGCACUUGAUAACUUGGACGCAGCAGCUGAGAGUGCGGUUCAAUUAUUUUUACAAUUAGAAAUGCGUAAUGGGGAAGAUGUUUCGAGAGGAUCUGGAGCUGAAAUUCUGAAUGAGGCAGCUGAACUACUUCCCCUAAUUGUUGACAAGGUUAAUGCUGUUGCUAGUUUGGUUCGAUGUAGGAAGAACAAAAAUUGUUGAGAAGGUUAGUGUUGAGCUUUGACCCAAAUGAGAAAACACACAUCUCAAUACAUCAAGAACAGUAAUUUUAGACUCAAACGUGGAGGAUCAGUGCUGACUUUCAAGUGUUACAGAAUUGAAACCAUUGUUUGGUAGAUUAUGAAUAUCAAUAUAUUAACAUAAUUUUUUAUAAAUAUAAGUCUGAUAAUUGUUCUCAGUGCAAUGGUAAAUUUUGAA